AUGUCAAAGCCCAAGUACCUGAUGACCCUAUGGAAACCUUCCAAGCUGCCAAGACCUGAUGAUGACCUUCCCCAGUUAUACAACAAAGAGGGACAGCCUGUGGCGAAUGUGUCCAUUGCCGACACAAACGCAACAUCUUCUACCACAGACGAGGGAGACAUCAUUACCAUCGACACUAUCAAGGCGAGACCAGUUCACACGUUAGCAGCACCCGCAUCAUUCACGCCAACAACCAACAUAAGCAUCAACUCACAUGUGAUUCAGGCGUUAUGGGACACUGGUUCAGCCAUUAUUACAGCCAUCAAUGAAAGUACAUGUGAACGAUUACAGCUCACAAUUGACACAAAUACCGUCAUAUCGUACUCAGGCGUCAGCAACAAGAUCACAAGCACCAUCGGUACCACUACUCUCAUAAUUUUUGGUGUACCUGUCAAGUUUCACAUUAUCAAAGGUCUAACUCGCGACAUGAUCAUGCCGUAG